AUGUUGCUUUAUUAUUUGGCUGCGAUUUUUAAAGGCCUACAUCCUCGUGUUGACGAUGAUUUCGUUGAUAAGCUCAAUUAUCAUUAUACAUCAGCAAUUAUAUUUGCUUUUGCAAUAAUUGUUUCUGCCAAGCAAUAUGUUGGUUAUCCAAUACAAUGUUGGGUUCCUGCACAAUUUACUGAUGCAUGGGAACAAUAUACGGAGAAUUAUUGUUGGGUUGAAAAUACAUAUUAUUUGCCUCUAACCAGUGCUUUCCCUCUCGAAUAUGGUGACAGGCGAUAUAUUCUAUUUUUUGAUAAUUUAAGAGCACGCCAAAUCAGUUAUUAUCAAUGGGUUCCAUUUGUGUUAGCACUCGAAGCCUUGAUGUUUUACAUUCCAUGCAUAAUGUGGAGGGGAUUAUUACAUUGGCACUCAGUUGAAAAAGUAAGUUGUAAAUUGGCAUAUUUUUGUAAUAUAUUAGCACUUUUAGGGAUUAAUGUGCAAAGUCUCACUCAAAUGGCUUGUGAUGCACGAAUGAUGGAUACUGAUGCUAGAUCUGCAACUGUACAAACAAUUGCAGGCCAUAUGGAAGAUGCUUUAGAAAUACAAAGAGAAGUACGAAAAGUGACAGAUGUGUCAGGAUUAUGUGUUGGAAAAAGAUGGGGAUCUUAUGUAACGUGCCUCUAUGUUUUUAUCAAAACACUUUAUUUUAUAAAUGUUGUUGGACAAGUGUUCCUAUUGAAUACAUUUUUGGGAACUGAUAAUUUACUUUAUGGUUUUCAUAUUUUAAAAGAUCUUUUAAAUGGAAGAGAAUGGGAAGUUAGCGGUAAUUUUCCGAGAGUAACCAUGUGCGACUUUGAGGUGCGAGUAUUGGGCAAUGUACACCAUCAUACGGUGCAAUGUGUUUUAAUGAUUAAUAUGUUCAAUGAAAAAAUUUUCUUAUUUUUAUGGUUUUGGUAUUUCAUGGUUUCAAUAGUGAGUGUAUUUUCAAUGGGCCAUUGGAUAUUGAUAUCUUUUUUACCAGGACAACAUAUGAAAUUCAUUCGUAAAUAUUUGAAAGCAACAGAUCUUGCAACAGAUCGGCAAUCCGUUAAAAAAUUCGUUCAUAAAUUUCUUGGAUACGAUGGUGUUUUUUGUAUGCGAAUGAUAAGCACUCACGCUGGUGAUAUUAUGGCAACUGAAUUAAUUGUUGCAUUAUGGCAUAAUUUUACCGAUAGGGUCCGAAAGAGUCCAAUCGAGAUGUUUGAAGGUGGUGUCACACAAAGUCCAAGCAAAUUGGAUGCUAAUUUUAAAACAUGGCUGCUAGGACAGACCAGGAAUAAGCCGGCUUAUGAUGCAGCUAAUCCAACACGUAGCAAAAAGCGACGAAAAUCAGAUGGAUAUUUUACUUUUGUAUAG